AGUUCUUUUAAUCUUGUAAUUGAUCAUGGAACACCGACAGUAUUCCCAACGUGCUGUGUAAACAUAUUCUCGGGAUAACGCGCGCUUCUCGGAAGUUUGAGGAGGAGGAUCCGGAAUCGGAUCCGCGUGUUAGAUCCGUGAGUGACCGCAAGACGUGUUGACGAGUUUUUCUCUUUGAUGAACGACUCACUUCGUGCGACGGCGCGGCGCGAUAAACAUUCCCCGGCGCACCAUCGACGACUAGAUAGUGGGCGAUCCACGAUACUCCGCACGAUCUCCAGUCCUCUGAAUCGAAGAUACUGCAUUAUACAUAUGCUUAUAUAUACAAUUCUUAGCGCUCAUUCUUAGCUGACUAAAAAUACGAGAAGCAUGAAAAGAUGUGGUCAGCGAAGAUUAUCUACAUUAUUAUAUAAGUGACGAGUUCAAUAUAUGAGCUUAGAAAUGGCCUUGAAGAAUUUAUCAUAUUAUCAAGACAUCAUAUUGAUCAAAAGGCAGUAAUAAAAGUAUCAUGCAUUUAUACAAGUAAAAAUGAAUGCGAAGGAGACUGCAAUUUAUAUUCGCAAGCAUUUAUAGCGUUAUUGAGCCAAUUUAUAUUAUAUAUCAUGAUGCAGCAGCGGCUACCUAGUUUCGAUGUUAUUCACACAGGUGGUCGAAGUGGACGGCGAUUUAUAUUGACACUCGUAGCUGGAACAGUUUUCGGCUUUUUAUCAGCAUGUUUGCUCAUUACAUCUACGAGAGAUGUACCGCACAUGUUCAGUUGGGUACCAGGUGGUUCUGGCCUUUCUAGAGAUCCUCAUCAUUAUUCAGAACUAGAAUCAGAGGUUGGCCCUGCAACAGAAGUGAAAUUUCAUGGUGAUGAUGAAGAUUUCCACAAAGGAGAAGAUAGAAUAGCUCAGGAUAUGGCGAGAAAAGUACGUGUCCUUUGCUGGAUUAUGACAGGUCCAAAGAACCAUCAGAGCAAGGCUCGUCACGUGAAAGCGACAUGGGGAAAACGUUGCAAUGUACUUCUUUUCAUGAGUUCUGCGGCAGACGCUAGCUUACCCGCUGUAGUGUUGCCAGUAAAGGAAGGUAGAGAUAAUCUAUGGGCUAAAACCAAAGAAGCGUUUAAAUACGCUUACGAGAAGUACAAAGAUAAAGUAGAUUGGUUCAUGAAAGCUGACGAUGAUACAUAUGUGGUGGUAGAAAAUUUACGAUAUAUGUUAUCGUCAUAUAAUCCAAAUUCAUCAUUGUACUUCGGAUGCAGAUUUAAACCUUUCGUAAAGCAAGGUUACAUGAGCGGUGGCGCAGGAUAUGUACUUAGUAAGGAAGGCUUACGCAAGUUCGUGGAAGAAGGUUUACCCGAUAAGACAAAAUGUCGGCCGGAUAAUGGCGGCGCCGAGGACGUGGAGAUGGGAAAAUGCCUCGAAAAAAUUGGUGUACGCGCGAUGGAUACCAGAGAUCCUCAUGGGCGCGGUAGAUUCUUUCCGUUUGUGCCAGAACACCACUUGAUCCCAAAUCAUGUAGAUAAGAAUUUCUGGUAUUGGAAGUAUAUCUAUUAUGAUACCAAGGAUGGAUUGAAUUGCUGUUCAGACAGUGCUGUUUCAUUCCAUUACGUGUCACCGAACAUGAUGUAUGUUCUGGAAUAUCUGAUUUACCAUUUGAGACCAUAUGGUAUCAGUCACAGCCUGGAGAGAUCCUCUCCGGAUCGAUCGUCGACGUUGAUCGAAUACUAGUCCGUACACUGUCGUAAAUAAAUCAUAAGGUUCUAUAAUUUUUAUUUUAUACAUGAUACUAGUCCAUUCGAGCCAACGAUAUAUAAGUGUAAUAUAUUCUCAGCGGAAAAGUGUGAUAUAUCGUACUUCUUAAACACAUGAAGUCUUUAUACGUAUCUGUGUUAAAAAACACUGGCCAUAAUGGAUAUAGUUAUAGACUAGAAAAGAUAGGGAGAUAGUGCAAGCACAAUAGAUGCGUAGAGAUUCAGAAUUUUUUUUAGAACAAAAUUA